AUGCCUGGACAGUCAAGAAGGUUGGUUUGCGUUGUGCAGGCCCGCAUAAGCUCCGGUGCCAAUCUACGCUGCUCACCACGGAGUAAUUAUGUGCGCUGUCUUUCAAGCACGGCUCCCCGCCAGACAUCUCGACGGACGCCAGACUUCAACUCCGGAUUUACAGGCAGCUAUGAUCCCACGGCUGAGUUAGGCCGAGGCCCUAUGUUCAAUAAAGCCAACUUCGGAGUCCCCCAAUUCUACCCCCGGGAUCUGAAGAAACGAGUCGACGAGUACGUUGUAGGCCAAGAGAGAGCAAAGAGAACCAUUUGCUCAACACUCUUCAACCAUUAUCAGAAACUUCGAAGGCGUCAUCAGCACGAGCAUGAGCAGAGGAACUUUCAUGAAAAGUUGAUGCGUCAACGCUUUGCCCGCGACCGCGAGUUGCAUCAAAAGAGAAGAGACAUACAUCCCGUAGAAGAUGAAUUUCCUGGGCACAAUGAGUCUGUCAGACAGUUGCACGAGACAACAGAGUUUGAGGAAGACCCGCUUGAUCAUUUAUAUGUCCCAGAAGAUCCCUCAGUGCCGGAGCAUGUCAAGAUUGAUAAAAGUAACUUGCUAUUGAUUGGGCCAACAGGAGUUGGCAAGACUUAUAUCCUAGAAACAUUAAGCAAACAAAUUCAUGUACCCUUUUCGAUAUGCGACUGCAAUUCCCUCACCCAGGCCGGCUACAUUGGCCAGGAUGUGGAGACUUGCAUUGAGCGGCUGCUCAUAGAGGCCAACUACGAUAUCAAAGCUACGGAAUACGGAAUUGUGGUGCUAGAUGAGUUCGACAAGCUUGCCAGAAGAGAAUCUCCGACAGGGCGUGAUGUUGGUGGAGAAGGUGUCCAACAAGCCUUGCUCAAGUUGGUCGAAGGGACCAAGAUUACCAUUAACGUGAAGGAUAACCGAUCAUCACGAUCAACCCCGCCGAUUACCACGAACUAUAGCUCUGGUGGAUCGUCGUCGUCCGCACCACAGGCCGUUCCACCAGGCGGGAAGGUCGACCAGUACACAAUUGACACCAGCAACAUCUUGUUCGUCUUCUGCGGUGCGUUUGUCGGUCUAGAUAAAGCCGUGUUGCAGCGUGUAGCCAGGCCGUCAAUGGGCUUCGGUGGCGAGUUGAGAGGUCGGUCGACACUUUCUGGAAGCAAGCACAUCCUUCCUCCGAGUGUAUACGCUCAUAUUGCUCAUCAUGACGCGAUGCCAGAAGCUUCAUUUACGCCGCUAGAUCUUGCAACACCUGCAGAUCUUCAAAGCUUCGGAUUUAUUCCAGAACUAAUAGGCCGCCUACAUAACAUCUGUGCUCUUAGUCCCUUGUCCACCAGCGACCUGCUCCGUGUACUCACAGAGCCCCGGAACAGUCUUGUUGCGCAAUACACGGCAUUAUUCGAGACAUACCCGUCGCGACUGCACUUCACUGAGAAGGCACUGUACGCCAUUGCAGAAAGGGCUGCAGCCAUUGGAACUGGUGCCAGGGGUCUGAAGAUGGAAAUGGAACGGGUUCUUGCCGAGCCAAUGUUUGAUGCCCCUAUGCCGUAUGUUCUUAUAACAGAGGACUGUGUUAAGGGAUCAGAUAAAGCAACAUACUGGGGUAAGGACGGGAGGUUCGAAGUAGACAGGCGGUUGGAAGAAGAGAGUAUGAGUCGUCGAGACACAAUACCUCAAAUGACCUUUGAGCGUAUGAGGGAAGCCGGGCAAAGUGGAGGAUAA